AUGAUGAUUGACUAUGAAAUUUAUGUGCUCCUAAAUAACAAUGGAAGUAGAGGCUUAGUCAAGAAUCAUACCACACACAAAGAAACCCACAAACGGCACAAAGACAGCAUCAAGAAACCUGGGUUCCAUCGGUGCUGAUCUCUUAAAGGAAGUGAUACGUAA